AUGGCUUCCAUGAGGCCACAGGUGACAGGCAUUGCCCUGGCCGUGCUGGGUCGGCUGGGUGCCAUUCUGAGCUGUGCACUGCCCAUGUGGAGGGUGACAUCCUUGAUGAACAGUGACAUCCAUGAAGCUGAGUUUGUGUCGGAGGGCUUGUGGAAGGUCUGCAAUAUUCUGAACACAACCCAGAUUCAAUGCGCAAAACACAAGUCACUGCUAUAUGUGCCAGACGACCUUUUGGUGGCUCGCCUUCUCGUGGUCACCUGCAUCAUUGUGACUGCGCUGGGUUUGCUGUUCUCCGUGGUGGGGGACAAGUGCAGCAAGUGGGUGGACGAUGAGACCAUCAAUGCCAAGAUCAUGACCAAGGCUGGUCUGAUGCUCCUGAUGUCAGGUUUAUGGUGA